CCCAGACGCGCCCAUCACCCAACGUGACCCAAGGCACAGGCGACAUCCACAUCUCACGAAAGAACACCGGCACCCGAUUCCACUCCUCAACCAUGCCCCGCGCCGACGUCUAUCAGCUGCGGCCCUUUGGCUGGGAGAACGACCCGGAGGAGGAGCGGUUCAAGGUGACGACGCUCGACUACCUGACAGCGUGCACUUACAACAACUACGCGCUCUUUUUCCGACUCGAUGACGCGGACAAGGAGAAGGCGGCAGCAACGCUGAAGGAGGGCCUCGAGCGGACGCUCAGCCAGGCGCGCCACUAUGUCGGCACCAUUGAGAAGGAUCCCGAGGGCGGCCACUCGUUUGUCAAGAAGAAGUACAGCACGGUGCGCUUCAUCGUGCAGUGGCUGGACGCGCCCGAGGACGCGGCCCAGUACCCGUCCAUCGACGACAUCGAGCGGGCCAACUACAGCGCGGUGACGCUGGGCGACCUCGACACGUGGAGCGUGCCGCCCAUGACGUACGGCGAGAAGGCCGAGGCGCAUCCGGACAACCGACCGGUCGUGUCGGCCUUCAAGGCCAACUUUGUGCGCGGCGGGCUCGUCUUCAACAUGCACCACCACCACUACGCCAACGACGUGAUGGGCUGGGCCGGCUUCACGCACCAGCUGGCCGAGAACUGCCGGGCCGCGCUGACCAAGACGGCCUUCCCGGCCUGGGACCCGGUCUGUCUCGAUCUUUCGCGCCUUACCAAGAAGGAGGUGCCCGAGGAGGCCAAGGUGAACGGCCCGCCGCCGGCCGAGCGGCAUCCCGGCCACAAGGUCGGCCAGUCGCUGCUGUUCCACCUGCCCAAGAGCAAGGCCGCCGAGCUCAAGAAGCUGGCCGCGCCCACCGACGGCUCGUGGAUCUCGACGUACGACGCCUUCUCGGCCUUCAUCUGGCGCACGCUGACGCGGCUGCGCGUGCCCGUCUUCCAGCCGGACCCGGCGUCGCACCUCUUCUGGGCCGAGGCGGUCGACAUGCGGCGGCGCAUGCACAGCCCCAAGGUGCAUCCGCGCAUUCAGCACAACGUCAUGUACGCGGCGCUGUCCAACACGGCGCCGGUGCCGCAGCUCACGGUCGACGACAUCCUCCACGCGCCGCUGUCGAGGCUCGCGUCAUACAUCCGGCAGAUGACCAACAGCGUGACGCAGGAGAACCUGGACAAGACGCUCGACAUGGUGGCGCUGGUGCGCGACAAGACCAGCCUCAACAUCCGCAUCGACUCGCACCCGCCCAUGUCGAUCCUGCAGACCGACCACCGCGACGCCAACAUCGUCUCGGCCGACUUUGGCUUUGCCACGCCCCUGACGUACCGCCACCUGCUGGACCGCGUCACCGAGGGCGUUAUCAUCGUCUACCCGACCCGCAACAACAGCCCGGACUCGGACGAGGGCCCGGAGUUCUCCAUCGCCUACGAGAAGCAUCUGGCCCAGGACCUCAUCAACGACGCCGAGUUCCGCAAGUACUUCGAGUACCGGGGCAUCGACGCCGAAGACGCCGGCAAGGUGGGUGCAUAAUUAAAAGGACAUGGGAUGGGAUUUUGUGAGCUCGGGGAGUUGCCGUGUAAGGACGCUAUGAGUGAUGAAAAUUGACGACACUUACCUUAUCUACUCAAUACCUCUGUGUCGCUCUCUCUU